UUACAGGGCCGGUAACAGAACAUACUAUCUUACUGCACGUACUUGUGUCGAGGCACUAGGAAACACAGACCUGUCAUGGAGGAGCCUAAACAGGGAAUCAGGGAGAAGCAGGCAGGACAAAGUCAACAAGGCAUGAACCCACACUUGCCAGCUGAGCCUCAUGACAGCAAACCUGACACCACUGGUCUAGAGCUGGUGCUUAAAGUAAGAAUUCAGGACUCCAGAGAAAAUGACUUCAUUGAAAUCGAACUGCACAGACAAGAGUUAAGUUACCAGAGCCUCCUCCAGGUGAGCUGCUCCGAACUGGGGGUUCCCCCAGAGCAAGUGGAGAAGAUGAGAAAGCUGCCGAACACGGUGCUCCGGAAGGACAAAGACAUUCAAAGACUGCAGGACUUUCAGGAGAUAGAGCUCCUCUUGGUGAAGAGUGGAAACCCUGAAUGGACUCAACACACAUCACCUCGGACAGAGACACCGUGCUACAAUAGCAAUGCGGCAAAAAUGACGUACUAGCCCCAGGUCUGGAACCAUUCUGUCAAUGAGGCCAGGCCCAGGUGACAAUCUGGCUGACCUCAACAAACCUUGGAAAAUGUCGUCUACAACUUCUGAGUAGGAACUGUUUGACAAGCAAGCACAGCUACAGCCCCCAUGAGAGGCCAAGUUUAUUUUGAACACCUGACUGAGCUACGCCUAUGCCCAGCCCCACUUACCUACACACUGAAAUGACUUAUGGUCUGAGUAAAUUAACUUUUUCAGAAUGAGACAAUCUGUGAAAACAGCUCAUAGCUGCAGUCGGUGGCAGCGUCACUAGCAGGACUUAAAGGCUGGCAGUCAUCAAACUGGUCUUCUCAAGCCCACUUUUGUAUUAAAUAACUCACUUCAUAAGCACUCA